AUGGCUGAAGAAGAGAAGAUCAUCAGAGGGAGUAAUACUAUGAUCGACGACUCUACAGAUAAUUACAAUUGUUACUCUGAUGAUGAUGAUCAUCAUCAUAUGAAUUCAUGUAGCAACCGUAAUGCUACAACUACCUUUGAAACAAGCCCCUUUAGAGAUCUUCAACUACGAGUCACACAACUCGGUGAGUCACAACUCACCGAUGUUCUGGAAAAGACCCUUCUUCUCCUCCUUCUUCCAAACCGAUCACUGAUUCAGAUUUCUAUCAUUUUGAUGAGUCGUCUCUGCAAAGAUGUGUGUUUCCUUGUGCACCGAAUGAAAGGCCAAGUCAAGGGGUAUUUUGGAAAAUCCAUGAGUAUGGAUCAUGACCAACAUCAUCAAGACAUGAUGACUCAAGAUGGGUUUUUGGGAAGACCUGGAAACAUCAUUAACAGUAGUGGCGGCGAUGGUGAUAUUGACGGUGGUGGUGGCGGCGGCGGUUCUCACUAUAACCACUAUCAAAGUACUGCGCAGUACAACUUAAGAACUUCGCGAUACCUGGUUGCAGCACAAGAGCUUCUCAACGAGUUCUGUAAUCUUGGAUCAAAGCAAAGCGAUCAUUCACCAAAAGCGAAAGGUGUAGACACAACAUCAAAUCAGUGGCAAGAUACACAUGAUAACUUGAAUAAUGCUAGUUCUUCAAAAACCAAAUCUUUAUCUUCUAUUGAACUUAUGGAAUUGCAAAAAAGAAAAACGAAGCUUCUCCAAAUGCUAGAAGAGGUUGAUAGAAGAUACAAGCAUUACUGUGAUCAAAUGAAAGCAGUUGUAUCAUCAUUUGAAGCAGUGGCUGGUAAUGGUGCUGCAAAGGUUUACUCAUCCUUGGCUUCAAAGGCAAUGUCAAGGCAUUUUAGGUGUUUGAGAGAUGGGAUUGUGAGUCAGAUCAAGACGAUGAAGAUGUCAAUGGGAGAAAAAGACGUUUCUGCCCCUGGGUCGAGUAGAGGUGAGACUCCAAGACUUAGGGUUCUUGAUCAAACCCUAAGGCAACAAAGAGCUUUUCAACAAAUGACCAUGAUGGAUAGCCAUCCGUGGAGGCCUCAACGAGGAUUGCCUGAGCGAUCGGUUUCUGUUCUUCGUGCGUGGCUAUUUGAGCAUUUUCUUCAUCCGUAUCCUAAUGAUGUUGAUAAACACAUUCUUGCACGACAAACCGGUCUCUCUAGAAGUCAGGUAUCAAAUUGGUUUAUUAAUGCACGAGUGAGACUGUGGAAGCCCAUGGUAGAGGAGAUGUACAUGGAAGAAACAAGAACAAAUCAAGAAACCAUGGAAGGAACCUCCGAUGGGUUUAAUCAAAACCCACAAAUGGACCAAAAACCGACUGCUGAUGAGCUUGUUAGAAUAGAUUCCGAGUGUCUUUCUUCCAUCAUCAACCACCCUGAAAAGAUGGAUCACCACCGACCAAAAGCCAUAGAUCAUGACUUUCACCACUCUUUUCCUAGGGUGACAAAUUCAUUUGGUGCAGUGGAGCUUGACUUUUCGUCUUACAACAGUCAUCAGAACAUCGGUGGAGGUGGAGGUGGUGGUGGCAGUGGUGGAGGGGUUUCUUUGACUUUAGGGUUGCAACAACAUGAUGGUGAUGCCGGAGGUGAUGGUGAUCGUGGUGGUGGUGGUGGUGUGAGUUUAGCUUUCCCACCUACUUCUCAAGGUUCUCUAUUUUACCAUCGUGAUCAUCAUAUCGAAGAUUGUCAAACAGAAGUUCAGUAUUCUUCUCUUUUGGAAGGCGAUCAAGGACAGAACUUGCCGUAUAGGAAUUUGAUGGGAGCACAACUUCUUCAUGAUUUGGCUGGUUAAGAUUUGCGAACAAAUAUUAUUAAAUAGUUCUAGUCAUAUAUAAAUAUUUAAAUUGAAAAGAAAAUACGGGGCUUAUAAUUUUCAAUUCUAGGCUCCUUCUAGCUUGAUUAUAAGGAUAUACUUCAAUUAGCUUUAGAUUUACAGUCAAAUUUAGAAUUCUUCAAUGGCUAGUAUCGCUUCUGAAGCUUUUCGUCUUGGUUCAAUAUCAUGGGCAUUUUAGUCAUUUUACUUUAGUAUAUGUUAGAAUGGAAAAUUCAGUCAUGGGAAAUCUUCCGUUGAUUUAUUGCAAGAGUAUUAACUUCCUUCUCCUCUGGGCAUCAUGAUAUUCUUUUUUAUGACAUACACCUACCUUUUUUAUUUAAUAAAUUUUUAGCAGCAUUUGUUUCAAUUUCACAAGAAAUUAAAU